AUGUUCCCGUGUUCUGAAUGUGGUGAGUCUUUUUCCGAGAGAGCAGAACUUACCGCACACAAAAAGUCUCACGCAGAAGCUAGGACCUAUUCGUGUUCAGACUGCGGCAAAUCUUUCAACAAGAAAGGAAAUCUCAUGGCUCACCAGCGGACCCACUCAGACUGCGGCGAAUGCUUUACCGAACGGGGAACCCUUAUCUCGCACCAGAAGACUCAGAAACCGUUUUCCUGUUCCGAGUGCGGAAAAUGUUUUGCCCAGACUGGAAAUCUCUUUGCCCACCAGAGGACUCACUUGGGGGUAAAGCCAUAUUCGUGCUCUGAAUGUGGAGAGAGCUUCUCGCGGAAGUCUUCCCUUAUCACACAUGAGAUCGUUCACACGGGAGAGAAGCCGUUUUCCUGCGAAGAGUGCGGGAAGUGUUUCACCCAGAGAGGAACCUUAAUAUUGCAUCAGCGGACUCACACUGGGGAACGGCCCUAUUCCUGCUCUGAGUGCGGGAAAAGGUUUCCGAGGAGAGACUACCUCAUCUCACACCUGGUUUCCCAUAGGUGA